GCAUUUCAUCUUGUCAGACAGAAAGACAGCAGUGCGUGAAAGUUGAAAAUAAUGUCCUUCGAAAAUGCUGAAGCAUACUUAAAUAGUAACAAAUUUAUUAAAGAUCUCACACAAAAACUCCUAGAUCAAUAUUACGAAUGGAUUCAGUGGAGAAAGGACGGAAAGGACUCAAUCCUGGACAUUGGCAGCGGACCUGGAAAUGCCUUUUACGAAACAAUGUAUUCCCGAAUUCCGGAAAAUUUCUCGAGAAUUGUGCUUUCGGACAUUUCCAAGCCAAUGGUUGAGUUGCAAAAGAAAGUGUUUCAAGGAAUUGAUCGCGUUUCGUGUGAAGUUUUGGACAUUGGAUCGCCAAUUGAUGAAAAUCUCUUGAGAAAACUCGGAACUUUCGAUCACGUGACGUCGUUCUUCUGCUUAAUGUGGGUCAAAGAUCAGCAACAAGCCAUGGAUAACAUCUAUAAGUUGCUAAAGCCGGGAGGAGAUUGCUUUCACGUAAUUGUUGCUGAUUGUCCUGUUAUCGAUACACUUCUAUCAGUGUGUGAGAAACCUCGAUGGAAGGAUUUUUUCACAGGAUGGGAGGAUUUCUAUGUCUUCCCGUACAUACAACUCGAUAAAUCCAAAUCAAAAGGAUUACAGUUGAUGAAGAAUGCCGGAUUCUUAGAGAUUAAAGCAGAAAUUGGAUAUUAUCCUUUCAACUUCAGAUCUGACAGAGAAAGAGAACUGUUUUUGAGAUCAAUGCCGAAUAAAUUCUCAAAGAAUGUAACCGCGGAAGAAGAGGAGGAGAUAUUUCAAGAACGUCUUCAAUUCUUUGACAAAUUUAACCUCGGACAAUAUCGAGAUAACAUUGGAAAAAAUGAUAAACUCAACUCUUAUUUGAUUCUGUAUGGAAAGAAAAGUAAAUAAAAACAUUUUCUGCAUCUCAAUUGCCCUUUUCAAAUGUUUUUAAAUUGCGACAAAACAUUCAGAAGAUACUUAAGAACACA